GCGGGCACCGAAUCACCAGCACGACAGUGGGCUCUGACUCAAUUGGCACGAACAGCGGGCACCGGGUCAUCAGGUACCGGGAUUGAGCUGGCUCGACAGCGGGCAAGACUGGGUCACCAGGGCAUCAGGUCAUUUAGCUCGCCAGCGGGCACCGCGUCAUCUGGCAAGGCAGUGGGCACCGAGUCACCAGGCACGACAGCGGGCUCUGAGUCAACUGUCAUGACAGCGGGCACCGGGUCAUCAGGUACCGGAUUGUCUUGCUCGACAGCGGGCAUUGGGUCACCAGGCAUCAGGUCAUUUGGGCUCGCCAGCGGGCACCGUGUCAUCUGGCAAGGCAGUGGGCACCGAGUCACCAGGUACGACAGCGGGCUCUGAGUCAAUUGGCACGACAGCGGGCACCGGAUCAGGUACCGGAUCAUCUGGAUCAACAGCGGGCAUCGAGUCAACUGGC